CUUCAAUCUUCCUUCUUAAUUUUCUUAAAUUCUUUAACAGCAACCUAAUACGAACAAUCAUUCGGGGCCAUAUUACUGAGAAAUUCGAAUCUAUCAUCGACUUCAGAUAAAAUAGGCAAUCUGGCCCAUGAAAAAAAUAGCCAAAUUAAAACGAAUUAUAAGAAUUUAAAUUUUAUAUUUGAAUAAGAUUUCACCGAAGAAUCUUUCACAUAUGAUCCGUGAAAAUCAAAAAGAAAAAUCAAACAGUUGGCCAUCCUAUCUAUUUGCUCUUAAGCCUAGAACUCAGUGAAAAAGUAGUGGGCAGAAUAAAGAAUCUUAAAUCAUGAAUGUUGAAGAAGAAGUUGGGAAGCUUCAAGAAGAAAUCAAACGUCUUGGUCAGAUCCAACCAGAUGGAUCUUAUAAGGUCACAUUUGGUGUCCUUUUCAAUGAUGAUCGAUGUGCAAACAUAUUCGAAGCUCUUGUUGGAACACUAAGAGCCGCAAAGAAGAGGAAGAUUUUGAUGUACGAUGGAGAGCUUCUUCUACAAGGUGUCCAUGACAAUGUAGUCAUUACCUUGAAUCCUCCUACAGCAGCUCCUUCUAAUGAUGCAGAGAAGAGCUCAUAAAUUUUAAGUUUACACUUCAAAUUUUCGAUGAAAUUGAGUGUGAGCUUUGCUACCAUCAUACUGGACGUUUUUAAAUUUAUCAUCUUAUUUUCAAGCAAUGUAUUUUUCGCUCUUUAGGAGAGUCAAUGGCCAUUGUUUUCUGGAGUUUAUAUCAAGAAAUUACAGCGAAGAUUUACCUAAUUGUGAGCUUCAAGUAAAGCCAAUGUAUAGUUGGAACUCGAACCCUGGAGGUUUGCAUUUAGGAUUUGAAUUGAAAAAUGAUCGUUUGGAUCAACAUCGGGUCUUAUAUUCACAAAGAUUGUUGCAUCACAUGUCAAAUAUAUAUGGGGUUAUCUGGUA